UUGUAAAAGCGACUCAAUCACGCGAAUCAAUUACUUGAAAAGAUAAAAGAAUUAUUUAAUGCUGUCACUGUAUCAUAGAAAACGCGCGUUUAUAUUUAGAUCGUUUGACCAUAACAGUUUUCUUGUGGCCGUGAAAACUUAUGGAUCUGGCCUAAUUGACCGAAGAUAAAAUCAUUGAAACAGGAAUAGUUGUAUUCAAUUAUUUUUCGAUAAUUCUAUGAUAAAUUAUCGUUUAUUAAACAUGGACAAGCGAAUAAUAGAGGAUCAAUAUCUGAAAAUCAAUAAAUUUUUUGGACAGCUAGUUGGUGUGUGGCCUUAUCAGCAAAGAUUCAUCAAGUUUUGCAUAAGAUUCAUUACAUCUGUUAUAGUGGUUCUUACUCUUUCAGCACAGAUAUCACGGGUAAUAAAAUUUUAUAGUUUAGACGUUUUAUCAGAUCAAUUGCCAUAUCUGGACGUAGGAUUCGUCCUCUUAUUCAAACAGUACAAUUAUAUCCUAAACGAGGAUAAGCUCAGAGAACUUUUGAAUGAAAUUAUAUCCGAUCGAUUGAUAAAACGAUCGAAGGAAGAGUUAGAGAUUUUGGAAAUCUACUUAAAAAGAGCAAGAGUGCUUUCUACUGUUUACGAAGUUAGUAUAUUUUUCUGCGGCUUCAUGUUCCUUCUUAUACCAAGUAUACCACCUAUUUUGAACAUCAUCUCGCCCUUGAACGAGUCACGUGGCCGCGAACUAAUCUAUCCAUCUUAUUAUUUUGUGGACGAAGAGAAAUAUUAUUAUCCCAUAUUAAUGCACAUGAUAGCAGUUGCGUUAAUACUCACUUCAGUAUACGUAGCCUGCGAUACGUAUUUGGUUUACAUUGUACAUCAUGGAUGCGCCUUGUUAGCUAUCAGCGGGUAUCGUUUCAAGCACGCGGUGGAUGACAUAAAGCUUCGUGGAGGAGAUUAUAUUGACCCGUUAACGGAUGAAACUUACACGAGAGUCAGACAGUCCAUUAAAGCCCACAAAACAGCCGUUGAAUACGUGGAUAAAAUAGACGCCUGCCACAUACAUUACUUCUUACUUAUCAUAGGAAUGAUAGUAUUAGCUUUCACCGGUACUUUCGUAAAGUUGUCAUCGAUGGAAGUGAAUGUUAGGUUUUUCACGUUCUGUGCAUUCACUGUUGGCCAGUUGACACAUCUGUUUUUUUUAACGAUCAUGGGACAAUUUCUGAUAAAUGCCAACGACGAAAUUUUCAAAACAAUAUAUGAAGCACAUUGGUAUAAUGGUUCGUCGAGAACGCAAUCAUUGUACAUACUGGUACUUCGAAAAUGUUUGAGCCCGCCAAAAUUGACAGGAGGAGGAUUGGUUGCUUUGAAUUUGGACAGCUUUUUACAGGUUGCAUAUCUCGUAUUGAAUCCCACUAUGGACAAAGCAGCAACGAACUUGCCUUAUUCUAUAGCAUCGUUUGGAACAUUUAUAAAAAUGGGUAAUUACUUUUUGGAUGAAACUAAGCUGACAACAAUAUUGAAUCACAUAUUCGAAGAUUGGGCGGCGAUAAAAACGAAAGAAGAAUACGAGAUUAUGUACAAAUAUUCACGAAGAGGAUUGUUCAUCACGAUAAGUUAUUUUCUGCAUAUUGGUGUUACUGAAACAUUUAUGCUUAUGUGGCCCAUGGUGCCGCCUAUUCUGGACAUCAUCAUACCAUUAAACGUGUCACGGAAACGUAUAUUCUUGUACCCGGCUUAUUUCUGGUUGGACGACGAAAAGUACUACGUGCUUUUAUUAGGACACAUGAUAAUCACACUACUCAUGAUUUGCUUUAUAUUUUGCGCCUGCGAUACGAACUACGUGUACGCUGUGCAGCAUGCAUGCGGUUUGCUGGCAAUCGCCAAAUACCUGAAGCUAAUCGAAAAUAGUUACCAUAUGUAUUUAUUCGUUUCUAUGGGACUGCUGAUAAUGGCCAUUAGCGUGUCGUUAUUAGAGGUGGCAAAUGGCAAAAAUGGUUCGAGAGAAUUAGUGCAAGCUACAUUUUUGUUCGCUCAAUUAUUCCACACGUUCAUUCUCACCGUUCAAGGACAAUUUGUGAUAAAUGAAUUACAAGAUGUUUAUGAAUCUAUAAUCAUCGAAACGAUUAAUAAGAGUAUUUCUACCGGCUUCUUUGUCUUUGUCUUCAGUCUAGAUUCCAUCAUGGAUUCGGAUAUGUUGGAGAAGCGAUUCCUAAAGAUCACGAAAAGAUUCGCGAAGUUGAGCGGUAUUUGGCCCGAUCAAAAUAAGUAUCUCAAAUACAUUUCGUGGAUUAUUAUAUACGUUAUUAGUAUACCUUCUGUUGUUGUGCAGGUAGCAAGAAUUGUACACAUAUCUACUGUAAAUGUUAUAGUAGAGCAAUCAGGUAUUGCAACUGCGAUAUUUCUGUUGCUGUUAAAAGAAGCUAACUACAUUCUCAAUGCAACGAAGGUCAAGUCUCUGUUCAACGAUUUGUACAUGGAUUGGACGAUGGAUCGGCCGAAAGAGGAAGUUGAGAUUAUGUCAACAUAUGCCCAAAGAGGAUCUUUUCUUGCAACGUUCUAUCUUAUAAACGCGUACUGUUGCUCACUUUUAUUCUUACAAGUGCCAUGGACAGCUCGUUUGUUGUACAUGAUAAAAUCACAAAACACGUCCCCGCCUAUGUUACAUGUCAUACCAGGUUACUAUUUCAUCGAUGAUGACCGCGACUAUUAUUACUUCAUCCAACUGCACAUGAGCCUUUCGAUAAUCAUGGUGGUCGUCGUGUACGUCGCCUAUGACACUUGUUACAUAGUAUUCGUGCAGCACGUUUGCGGAUUAUUGGCCGUGGCCGGAUAUCGCUUCAAACACGCGAUCGACGAUUCCGCUUUGAAGAAUUCCGAGGAAAAGAUAAAAGAGACUUGUAAAAAAAUACGUUCCUCUAUUCAAGGACACGAACGAGCUAUAAGGUUCUAUUUCCAUUUCUAUUUCUAUUUCUAUUUUACUUUUACAUGCAGUCAGUUACAGAAAUAUUUGUACUUUGCAAUAGGAAUUUUGGAGUAGGAAUUUAAUCUUUUCAAUUUUUUUACAAAUUUUUUUUAUU